AGAGAGGUGUAGAUAACUAGAUAAGAUCCAUUGUCCAUCCAUUGGCACAACAUGGAACAAACAACAAAGUAAGUAAAGUGACCUCCAGCUUCUUCCUUGCUUGCCCUGCCCUCUGUUCUAUUCAGGUGCUGGUGCUCUGCUCCCAAGCUUCACUCAAAUUGAGCAUGCUUCCUGCCAUUAGAAUUAGAUCUUGCAGCGAGUUGAUAUUUUUACAGUAGGUGGUGCCAGGGUUCUUGUUGCCACACUGAUCUUGUGUCACAGAGAUGGAGAACUCUGCUGCCGGUUCGUCAUGGAGGCAGAUGCCGGACGUGCUGAUCGUGAAGCCGAGCGGCGAGAUCAUCUUCCCGGCGUCCGAUCAGCAGCAGCACGAGACCACCCCGCUCUCCGGCGACCACCCCUUCUUCACCGCCGUCUUGUCCAGGACCCAGCUCCGCGACAUGGUGAUCCCGGCCCGCUUCCAGCGGCGGCUGCCGGCCCGGCGAGCGGGGGCCGUGGUGCGUUGCGGCGGGAGGUCGUGGGCCAUGAACUACUGCGGGGACACCAAGGUGAAGCGCUUCGACACGGCCUGGGCCCACUUCGCCGCCGACAACCGGCUGCGGUUCGGCGACGCCUGCGUCUUCGAGCUCGUCUCCGGCGCCGGCGGGAGGGAGCUGGUGUUCGAGGUGCAGGUGCUGCGUGGCGGCGGCCUGCCAGAGCCGGAGCCGGAGGAGGAGGACGGAGUGGUUGCCGGCAAGCCCAUCGUCAUCGGGGACGACGACUAGACGCUUCGAUCUUGCAACAUCACUAGUAUGCAUGAGAGAUCUGCAGCCGACUUUCUAGUUUCUAGUGUUAGCUUGCAUUUCAUUCCCUAACUAUUCCCACGUUUCAUGUGUAACGCACGUUUUAACUACGAUGCGAUGGGUUCAUGUGAGUAAUUUUUGCAAAAUCAUACAUAAAUAUUUCAAGUCAUAUCAUCCA